CGGCUCAAGCGCCCGGGCGUUUGGUGAGUCCAAUCUUGGUUAUAAAAAGAACAAUCAAUAAUUAAACCAUCUCCAUGAAUCAAACAUGUGCACAUGUACUACAUGUAAGUUAAAUAAUCAAUUCACUCAUGGUCGUCAAAACUGACGUUAGAAAUGGGCUAUCGGGCUUGAAUGGAGAGCGCAUGAAUUACAUGGAGACUCAGAGAAUUAGCCCGUCCCCCAAGAGUUUCCACAAUAGCUCCAUGUUGUCUUGUCCCUUUCGUGGGCGACUUUGUGGGUCCUGGCUGGAACUUCUAUUUCCUUGCCUACCGAUAUCGUUAUUAUUCUGCAGUCCUGUGAGGACGCCUUAACGUUGAACAACAACUAAACUAGCAUUCAUUGCGGGUCCCUGGAGGAAUAGAAAUAUGCGACCUGUUGGAAGUAUGCUUUAGUAUCUAUCCAUUCUACAAACCCGUCCCAAGACUUCACCAAAGUUCAUCCUACCAGAUCCGCAGCAUGCCUUUCCGCUGGCCACAUAAUCCACCCCCACAGAAAGUCAUCAAAGAAAUCGAAGAGAUUCUGACAGAUGCUCUCACAAUCCUGUCCUAUAACGCCGACCUGAUUGCUGACGAAGAACAAAAUUCGUUCAGCGAGGAGUUCAGCAGGCUCAUAAAUGUUCGUGUCGAGUUGAAAAAGCGCACGGCGUACCACAGAUUGACCGAAGUACGAGAUGAAUGCAAGCUUUUAAAACAACGCCUCAAACAAGCAUGCAAGACGCACCGGGAAGAAAACUUCAGGAUGGGAUUUCUUGCAACUGCCGCAGUAUAUGAAGUGCCCGCAACAGGUACUGGAACUGGUACAUCUCAUGAGACUAACACCUGAGAGCCUUGUCUCGUUCGGCCUGCCUCAUUUUGAGUUUCUCCUCAGGCAGGCUCUCUCUCGAUUCCCGGAAUGAUUGAUAUGUUUUGCUCUGGACGAGUAGAUAGCCCAAUCUUUAGUGCAUAUAUUAGCAUCUCGAAGCG